CUAACCUCAAGUGUGAAGAGUAAAAUGAAUUUACCACAUUACAUAGAAAGGUUAUCAAGGCAAGACAAGUUGAUGGAACAUGAAGUGAAAUUAGUUUGUGAUAAAAUCAUAGAUAUCUAUAGCAAUGAGAAGAAUAUCAUUCAACUCACUACUCCUCUGACGGUCGCUGGUGACAUCCAUGGCCAACUUCCGGACCUUCUGGAGCUUUUCAGCGUGGCGGGAGAAAUGCCUUGGACAACCUUCCUUUUCCUGGGAGAUUACGUCGAUCGUGGAUACCACAGUGUCGAGACUUAUCUUCUUCUUCUCUGUCUCAAGGUAAGCUAUCCGCAAAGGAUCACUCUUCUCAGAGGAAACCACGAAUCCGAGGAGAUAACUCAGGUCUACGGAUUCUACGACGAAUGCCUUCACAAGUAUGGCAACAUCCUUGUCUGGAAGUACUGUCUUAAUACAUUUAACAUUCUCCCAAUUGGGGCAGUCAUUGACAACAGGCUGAUGUGCGUUCAUGGCGGCCUUUCUCCGGAUCUCAUAAAAGUGGAUGAGAUUUAUAAGAUUGAACGGAAUAUGGAUGUACCUCAUGAUGGGAUAUUUUGCGAUAUUCUUUGGUCAGACCCGGACGAUCAGAGGAAAGGCUGGAAUGUGUCCCCAAGAGGAGCAGGUUACCUUUACGGACCAGAUGUGGUGGACAAGUUCCGGCACGACAACAACUUGGACUACAUUAUUCGGGCCCACCAACUAGUGUUGGAAGGAUAUAAGUGGCACUUCAAGAACACCGUACUGACGGUUUGGUCCGCUCCCAACUAUUGUUACCGCUGCGGCAACGUCGCCUCAGUUCUCGAACUCUCGGAGAACCGCAGCACCAAUUUCAUCGUCUUCGACGCGGCACCGACCGCCUUCAGAACCACCAUUCACAAUCCUAACCCUCCAGAAUACUUUAUAUGAGGUUAAUCAUCUAUUUUUGUUAUUGUUUUACAAAUAUAUAUUUAUGAUUUA